AUGGCUGACGUUGAUGAAUAUGUCUUGUAUCAGUACUGGAACUGCAUAUAUAAUGGUGACCGUCCGACACCUCACCGCAAUCAGAACUUUGAUAAAGGCCUUGACGGCGACACUUUAGUAGGCGAUGCAAAUACCCCCUUCAAAAAGCAAAGACGACUCGCCGGCCCUCGCUAUACACUUCCGAGACCUGAUCGAUAUAUGCGGAGGGAUACAUCUUUGGACAUUCAUGGCAAUAGCUCGGUCAGCUCCGCCACACUGUGUGGCGAUGAUGAUGAUGCGGAGCCUAGACACAGGGCUAAACUUUCGGAGUCUGAUAUUGAGUCCGGAGGGCCUUUCAAUUCCGGAGAUCAAGACGUAAAUGCAAGGCCAGGUAGGGCGUCAACGGGCGCACGGAUCUUGGAUGAUACUUCUAACAGCUCCGUACCUGAAAACUAUUUAAAUCACACGAUUGUUCCCCAAGGCGCACAAGAGAAUUCUCUCUCCGCUGAUGCAAGCCUGACGGAAGGACAUAGUCUAGAAGCGCUUAUAGGGGCCAAGCAUCAGGACGAGGAACCAAAAAGCUGGGCGGCUGCUGUUGAACUCCCCUCUGGUUAUUGGGCAGAUGCGGAACUAGAGCUUCUCUUCCGGCUUUCUACGCGAGGACUCGAGUCUCUGGUUCCCAGCACUUGGAGAUUGGACUUUCCCAUGUUCCCCAGAUCAUUGUUUUGCGAGUGCGGGACAAAAGAUUCCUUUAUUGGGUCAAUGAAGGGGCGAGAGUUCCGUGCAAUAAAAGCUCUCAAAAGCGUCCUAUCCAUAGGACCUCGCGCCGUGAGAGACCGCCAGCUUUGCCAUCUUCGCCCAGAACUUGCCGUUAAACGCAUUUUGGAUUCCUAUAUCCGCUGGGCGCUUUGGGACGCGGACAUACUUCAUCGCUGGUGUCUUAUACCACUUUACACUGUAUAUGCUCUCCGGGAGAAGCAAUCAGUCAGUUCCGGCGUGAAGUUCACUAUUCGCAACCUUAUAUCAAUGACCAACCGAUAUCGUACUACACAGCGUUUGAAGCAAAACGCUCAAGCUCGAGCCAAUAUUAUCAACAGUCACAACCAGGGAUAUGAGAAGUACGGAUUUCCUGUCCUUACAGGGUUCUUGAUAUGCGGGUCAAUUGUUGCUAUUAUCACAUUAGACUCGGAUCCCACUGCAAGACCUGCGCUUGAUCCGGAAACGUCUGCCCGGUUUAUUGCAAAGUUAGACUUUAGCGAACCUGGCCAAGACGUGUGGAAUUCUCUGGCAAUCGCAAUUUCCGUAGUUUGGAUGCGGAAUAGGAUGUUGCAGCUGGGCAGUAAGAUACUGAAUCCGGAGCGUCUGUGCCUUGAUCCCAAUUGCGGCUGUUCUGGCAAAAUUUCAUAG